CAUUUCGCACAUAAUCUUUAGCUAGAAAAUCUUUGCAAGUUCUGAAUACGUAUCCGGAUAUUUUACCAGAAAGUCCGGAUUAUGGCGCCUCCGGCUGCGCGGGCUCGCUAUAUAGCCAACAAGGCCGACAACCAGAUUCUGUCGAAGAAGCCCCCAAAACGACUGGGCCUGAAUGGCAACAACAAAUCGAAGGACGGCGCACCGGCCGGCAACAAGAAGGAUAAAGAUGCCAAGAAGAGCAAGCAAUCCGCGAGUGGGGGUCAAGAGAAGGGCUCCCCCAAACCCAUUAUGCCCAGUGUGCAGACCGCCUUCAAGACUUUCGUGAGUGCCCGGUUGUGCAGCGCCAUUUGGGCGUACAUAGCCGACUGCGACGAGACCUUCAACUACUGGGAGCCGCUGCACUACAUCAUUAAUGGCCACGGACUGCAGACGUGGGAAUACAGCCCGCAGUUUGGACUGCGAUCCUACACUUACCUACUCCUGCAGGGCGUGCCCGGUUACUUUUACCAGAAGAUGUUCAAUCCCAGCCCCAUUCUCAUUUUCUACAUGGUGCGGUGUAUGUUGGGAUUCGCCUGUGCCGUGAUGGAACGCUAUAUGUACAAGUCCAUUUGCCAGGAAUUUGGCAUACACAUUGGUCGUCUGUGGCUGAUUUUCCAGCUCUUUAGUGUGGGCAUGUUCGUAUCUAGCACUGCUCUACUACCCUCCUCCUUCUCCAUGUACUUCGGAUGUGCUGCCCUGGCCGCCUGGUGGCAGCAAAAUUAUUGUUUCGCCAUAUUCCUGACGGCUAUAUCGGCUCUGUUAGGUUGGCCUUUUGCUGCGCUGAUUGGCAUUCCGCUGGUGCUGGAGAUGCUACUGAGGCAGCGGGAUUGGAGGACCUUCAUUCAGUGGACUCUGAUAUCUGGCGCCACCAUUGCUAUACCCAUGAUUGCCAUCGAUACGAGCUACUUUGGCAAAUUAACAUUUGCUCCUCUGAACAUUGUAUGGUAUAACGUGUUCACCAGUCAUGGACCCAACAUCUUUGGCACCGAGCCGCUGAGCUACUACAUUAUCAAUGGUUUCCUUAACUUUAACAUUAUUUGGCUCUUGGCUCUACAACUACCCAUCAUGCUGGUCAUGGACUAUCUGAUUGUGCCAGCCAAGUCGAAGUCUACGCUGAAUUUCCCCCACUACAUCUCGCUGGCUCCCCUCUAUCUGUGGCUCUUGGUCUUUUUCGCCCAACCACAUAAGGAGGAGCGCUUUCUGUUUCCCGUAUACCCACUAAUCUCGCUUUGUGGAGCUAUCACCGUGGAUGUGUAUCAACGCAUUUUCUUUCGUAUCAAAAUGCUGGUGUUCAAGAUCAAGUCGGGAGUUCAUUAUCUCGACCACAGCAUGUUUAUUGCAAUACUAGUAAUGGUGACCAGUACUUUGCUAGGACUUUCUCGCGUAUUUGCUCUGUACAGAAACUAUCACGCACCCAUGGAUUUGAUGCUGGAACUGAACCAGUUUAAGGCGACGCCGCAAUAUAACCCAGACUUGAUAUACAACGUUUGCAUUGGCAAGGACUGGCAUCGCUAUCCCGGAAGCUUCUUUUUUCCUGCCAGGAAUUUCCGUUUGCGUUUCCUAAAAUCCGAGUUCCGCGGAAUGCUGCCAGCCUACUAUGUAAUGGGCCACAAUGCCACUCAAUUGGUGCAUCCGUACUUCAACGAUCUUAACCAGGAGAAUGAACACAUGUACUUUGACUACGACCAAUGCGAUUUCCUCGUCGAUUUCGAUGAGGGCAAGUAUACGCCUCUGGAACCGAACUACUCGAAACGAUCAAAGGAGUGGUCGGUGAUGAAGAGCCUGCCCUUCCUCAUCCCGGAGAAGUCGCACAAGGUGUUACGUGCCUUCUAUGUGCCAUUCCUGACCGACAAUCACAUUCAGUAUGGAGACUUUAACCUGCUCAAGCGAAAAACGAAACGCAACGGCAGGUAAAGGCAGGCCGUGCCAUUUAAAUAGCAUUUUAUACUUAGCAGAAGGGGUGGUAGACAUUUGCUUUUAUUAAAAAAUGUAAAAUUCCAAACACUUAUGAAACUAUAGCUCCAAUAUCUUAUUCAUAUUGGAUCUGAAGUAUUUUCUAACUAAAUUCCACCCCAUAGAGUCAUACUGUAUUUUGUUUAAUCCUUUCUAUCCUACACUGAACUGUAAAAUCCUACCUACUAUCUAUUCUAAGUGAGUGAACCGUUUUUAAUCCUAGUUAUUUUUGUUUUAUCCAUGCCAAAGUUGUGAAGAUCACCAGAAUCGAAGUAGAACGUAAGCCUCAACAAUAUAAACAACGAGAUUCGUAA